GCAAACCUGUGUCAGUAGAGUAGCAUACAGCAGACCGACAGCACUGGGCUGCUGUAAAUACAGUACUGAUCGAGAGGCGGGGUUUGACCUCGGCUCGCAGUUCUGAAAACAUCACUAAUCCAGUAUUUCAGGUGCUGAAGUCAACCAUUGCUCACUACCGCCGCGCAUCAAAAACUGCAAGAAACAUACGAAACCGGAAUACAACAAGUGAAUGGGACGGCUGGUUUAUUAUAAUAUAUAUAUUUUAUGUAACUGGAAGAAAGAAUUGUUGUAAGAAGUACUGUUUGUUUCGUUUUUAUUUUAUUUAUAAGAGGACCAAGAAUUUGAUCCGCAACGUCUGCUGUGACUCGAUCGUAGGCUACGCCGAUUUCCACUCGGGUUUCACCGAAACUUCUGUUUCCUGAUCAAGAACAUUUGGAAAAUCUGCAGAUUUCUUACCUUGGGAUAUUGCCCGUUGGAUGUAUUGGUCGUUCUUGGAAAUAGUGAGUGUUGCUGGGUUUUGGUUCAGGUUGGUUUGAUGUUCAAACUUUUCCUUCUCGCCAUUGUCCCUCAUCAACGCUCACGAGGCGGACAUUUACCUGCAUUCCAGAAAUCGAGACUCAUCAGACCAGGCAACAUUCUUCCAGUCUUCAACUGUCCUAUUUUGAUCAGACCCCAUUGACAUCAAGUGGUAACGGCUACCGGGAUAGAUCUUUGCUAUGGACGAACCUUCCAAAGAGCUGAUGAAUUCCAUUUGACUGCUCUGCAACAUCAUGGAAAUGUGGAGAGCCCCCAGAGACACCAGGGGCCCACAUCCCCCCCCGACCUGGUUCUGAAUGGCCCCUGCAGAAUGAUUCAGGCUGGAGAAUGUCCAUACAUUAGAAGUCCAACACUUACAAAAAAGAAUCAUCGGACUAGCAAUCAGUACCAAAAGGAUUUUGGUUUUUAUUCACAACGUUGUGGCCUGUGACUAACGUUUUCCCAAAUAUUUUGUGACCAAAAAAUAAAAAAUAAAAUCCAAGUGGCAGACCAAGUCGAUUUACGUUCCUCUCGUACUGCGGAGAGGCGGUAGUAGUCGUCCAUGUGUAGCAGGACAGUAGCUGCUGCUAGCGGAAUAACGUAGCCUCAGACUGUUGGGGGUUACUCUUCACGGGGCCAACCAACAACACUGCUUUACUAAGUGGUCCCACUUCUGUCCAAAGACAGACCUUCUAUCCAAUGGCAUGGGUCAAGUUCUUCAAGAAGCCGGGGGGGAAUCUCGCCAAAUCCUACCAGCCGGGCAGCAUGCUGUCCCUAGCCCCCACCAAAGGCCUUCUAAAUGAGCCGGGUCAGAACAGCUGCUUUCUCAACAGCGCCGUGCAGGUACUGUGGCAGCUGGAUAUCUUCAGGCGCAGUCUGCGGGAGCUUCCAGGACACUUCUGUCUUGGGGACGCUUGCAUCUUCUGUGCGUUGAAGAGCAUAUUUUCCCAGUUCCAGCACAGUCGGGAGCGCGCCCUCCCCUCGGACAACCUUCGCAAUGCCCUGGCCGAGACUUUUAAAGACGAGCAGCGCUUUCAGCUGGGCUUCAUGGACGAUGCUGCCGAGUGCUUUGAAAAUAUUCUGGAGAGGAUUCACCUGCACAUUGUGCCUGAGGAGACUGAUGCUUGCACCUCCAAGUCCUGCAUCACACACCAGAAGUUUGCCAUGUCCAUCUAUGAACAGUCUGUGUGCCGUAGCUGUGGGGCGUCCUCCGACCCCCUGCCCUUCACUGAGCUAGUGCAUUAUGUCUCCACCACCGCCCUCUGUCAACAGGUUCAUCAGAGGCGGGACGACUCAUUUGGAGAGCUGCUGCAGGCGGCCAGCACCAUCGGGGAUACCCGCAACUGUCCCAGCAACUGUGGCCAGAGGAUCAAGAUCCGUCGCGUCCUCAUGAACUCCCCAGAGAUUGUCACCAUCGGCUUUGUGUGGGACUCUGACCAGUCAGACCUUACAGAGGAUGUGAUUCGCUCGCUUGGACCACACCUUAACCUCUGCGGGCUCUUCUAUCGGGUGACGGACGAGCACGCCAAAAAGGGAGACCUCCUAUUGGUCGGGAUGAUCUGUUACUCCAGCCGUCACUACUGUGCCUUUGCCUUCCACACCAAGACGGCCAAAUGGGUCUUCUUCGACGAUGCCACGGUCAAAGAGAUUGGGUCCAAGUGGAAAGAUGUGGCCACCAAAUGCAUCAGAGGCCACUUCCAGCCGCUCCUCUUGUUCUACUCCAACCCUGACGGCAGUGCCAUCUCUGUAGACGAUGCCUCGUGCCUGAACAGCUCCCGCUCCAAGGCCGAUGACAGUGUCGACUUCCAAGCGUCCGAGUCUCCAGUUCAGGCAACCAAGAAGCUGGACCUGACCAAGGAGAACCUGAAUGCCCUGCUGGGCCCCAGCAACCUCAAACAGAAGAGUCAAACCCCAACAACCUUUACCAGAGGUAGCGGCCAGACUAGUGGGGGCCGAGGUCCAGUGAAGCUGGGCACCGGCGAUCCUAAGAGCCGUCUGAAGGACUUCUCCAAAGAGGUGGCUCAGAAGGCAGCCGAGAUCCGCAGUAUGCAUCCCUUCAGGAAAGACCAGGACAGGACGGAGAGAAGACGGGACGCGCACCACCGAGACGCUAUCCCGGAGAGGUACUCCCGCUCCGCCUCCCCGCCAGAAAACGGCUUCAAGCAGUACCAGGACACACGCCUGUAUGCCAGCCAGGGCAAAGGGCCCACCAGGACAGAGAGGACCCCCCGCUUGGGGGGCAGGUCCUCCUCCCACGAGGCCACCCACCGCUCCCAUCCCAAGACCCUGACACCGGCUGCCCUGCCCAGCGGAGUUGGGGUCUCGGCUGCCGGACGUUACAGCCGGAGACUGGACCCGUUCGUCAACGGCUACGACACGGACAGCAGCCAAGACUCGCGAGAGCGCCCUGGGACCCGGGAAGGCAGACGCAACGGUAACUCCAGCUCCGGCAGCAGCGGCACCAGCAACAAGCCCGGUCGGCUGUGGAAGCCCAUGCGCGAGGCGCUAAAUGUGGACAGUGUGACGAGCGGUGACGGCAGUGGGGGUCAGGAGCGACGGCAGCACAGCCCUCGGCGGAAACCCUUAAGCCAGGAGAGGGUGCCCCCCGCCCACGAAAGAGAACCUGAGCGGGACUUUAUGUGGGGCGGGCGCGAGGAGCACAAGCCCAAGAGCUUGAUGACCAUCUAUGAGGACGAACAGCGGCCGGAGACCGGGGGCAGCCGCAGUUCCCUGGAGUCAGAGUACAGGGACAGGUCAAAGGUCACUGCAAACAUGCUGAAGGUGCGUAGCGACACCUGGAAGUUCCAGCGCACAGAAUCGGGCUACGAGAGCAGUGACCGGCUCAGCAAUGGUUCCACAAACCUGGACUCACCAGUGGUUGAAAACUUCACCUCCAAAGAGUUAAAGCCCAUACCUGAGGUACACCUGACAAGAGAACCCUUCCCUCACAGAGGAGUUGAGGACUCCAAUACCAUCAUGCACUCCUUCUCCUAUGGUGAACACCAAGCAAAAUCUCUAGACCUGCAAGAUGUACAUCUCCUUAAAUCGAGCCCAUGUUUACAAAGAAAAAGAGCCUUCCGAUACACUCCUGGAAUUUUAGAAGGCAGGGACAGCCUGGAUGAUGAGCAUGACAAUAACUUCGAUGGUAGCUCCAGUCCGGUCAGUCCAGUUUCACCAUGCCAAGCCAAGACCAGCAGCUCAGAGUGGAACAGCUCGGAUGACCUCGCGGGACCCUUCUCCGAACAGGAAGAGCCCAUUUCCCAGAUCCCCAGAGACCACUCCCCGCUGCCCCGCUAUCAUCAGAACUUGGCCCCGGCUCUCCCACCCAAGACCUACCUCCACCAAACUGCAGACCAGUCCGGCUUCCGCUCUCACCAGCCUCACGACGCAAAAACCAGGCCUAGUGCUUCCCUCUCUCACGCCGCCCUUCGCCGAUGGAUUGAGACCCCCGUAGAGCACAAACGCUCGUCAGACGCGAGCUCCAAGUCCGGCUCGUCGGACCAGGACCGGAACGAUCUGUCGGCCAGCGAGAGCGGAGAGGAGCGCCUCCCCAGCCCGAGACCAGGGGACGACCUGGAUGAACUAGACUCCCCGACUACGGGCGAGAUUGGUUUCCCCAUUGCCCUCCCCACUACCUACUUCUCCGUGGACAACUGUAUGACCGACACAUACCGGGCCAAGUACCACCAGAGACCUGCCCGGUACACGACAGCAGAUGCUAAAGAGGGUGAACAACGCGCAUCGUCCGGUGAGAGUGACUUGGGAGAGGGAGGGCUACCCAUCCCGGGGGCUCAACUUGCUGAGCCCCAGAAGAAUCGGACUGAAUCAGGUUACAUCACCAGUAAAACUAAAGCUAAGUGGAAUCCUGUAACAACCAAGGGUCUUGAUGAACAUGGGUUUCUAUGAUGAACACUCUACAGAGCCUGGUACGAAAGCCGCAGCAACAUGUUUUGAAACGCGUGUAUUGUGACGCUUCUUUGCUUGCACAGAUGUCAAAUGAGAAGUCCGACAUGAAUCUGGAAUGCCAAAGAGAUUGGUACAUCUCAAAGGGCAUAAUGAGCUUGUCUGAAGAGUAUACUUCAGGAGUAAUCUCAGGAGUCUUGCAUGACCCAGAAUAUUCUCUAUCUGUCUGGUGUGAUUGUGGCCAUGAGAUGUAUACAGUAGAACCCCCCCCCCCCCCAAAAAAAAAAACAGAGAUUAUCUAAAUCUGCAAUGGUUGUUAGUGGACCUAGGAACCUUGUCAAACUUACCUCCAAGACCAUCCAUAUUUUGUAUCACUGUAGAAUGUUUCACACAAAGUCACUUUCCCCUUCCAGAGAUUAUCUAAUUAACUACAUGUAACUGCGAAACUAACCUGCCUCUAACCAGUUACCCUUUACACAGAAGAUCAAUGGAAUGCUGGUAUUUCUUCCUUGACUUACGUUCAUUUCAUUGCUCUGUGGAAGGUGUGCUAUUCUUGCUAUGUAACAAUGCAAGGUGUAAUAAAUUAGCCUUUAACUAUAAGUAAGAUUUUUACUUAUAGUUUCCAUUGUUGAUGCAUUUGUGGAAUAUGUUUCUGUAUAUUAAUCCCUUGUUAUUAAUCCAUUUUCUUUAUAUGAACAAUCCUGAGGGUCCGCUAAUAAGACCACAGAGGUACUGGGUGUUGACUGGAUCUCGUCCAGUCUGAUGCAGAAUAAGAGAUUAAAGGCAUAGUUUGCGAUUUUGGAAAUCAAGCUUUUUAUCUACAGAUAUACUCAUGGAUAUCAUUUUGUUUCUGCAUUCAAUAUAAUAUAAAUGAAAGCUAUUUUAAGAGCUUCGAAUAAUGACAAUGACUUGAGGUGUACAGAGACCGGAUGCUGUCCCCAUAGAUGUACAGUUAUUGCACUAGCUCCGGUUAGCAAUUGCACAAACACUAGAUAGAACAAUUCUUCAAACUGCAUGCAAGGGUAUGACUGGUAUCCAUGAUUUCAUCUGACUCUGGGGAAGUAGGUAAAAAAGGGUUUCAUUGCCAGAAUCCCAAGGUAUCCCUUGUUAGGAGAGGAACAUCUGAAAUCAGCAUCUGACAUAUGUUCUAAGCUGCCUUGUACCCUGCCAUCCCUGGGGUGUAUUCACUAGGAACAAAAUGAAGGCCAACAGAUGAAACGGGGAGGGAUAUAACCUUAACUUGUUAAAGAAGAAACACUAAUUGUCAAUGAAAAGGGUUUGCACUAUUGAAUACAUGCCUGUAGAUUUGCUGCUGUGUUUUCUAUGAAUUUCGGUUUCCGGUUCAUAUUGCAGUACAUUGUCUCACGCAGCUUUCCAGAUAUAAGCCUUGUUUGCUCUUUAGUGUUGUUUCUGUGAUGUAAUGUGCAGUAUGAUCAAGGUAUGACACUUAUUGUUGUAAAAUAAUGCUUCUGUAUAUUUUGUAUGCCUUCUUUAAUUCUUUGGAGUGUGAAGCAUAUUUUGUUCUUUUGGCUCAAUACUACACAAUUUUGGACUUUUAAUUUGAGGUCAAAUCAUACUCUAGAAUCUCUCUGCUUUUAUCUGAGGCUAUUUCUGUAAUUAUUGAUUUGACCACUUAGAGUUCUAUAUUUCAGGACACUAAAAGUUUGGUGACAGAUAAAUAUAAUGUAUUAAUCACUCCAGUAGAAGACUCCAAAGGGAAAAGCAAACCCUAGGAUCAUGACUAGACAAUGACAGUUCUCACAUGCCCACGUACGUGAUGUGAAUGAACUUACUGCAAACCCUUGUCAGUAUUGUUAAUGCAGUACUUUUCAUGCCCUGAAAUAGCAUUCACUAUAGAUUUGUCCUUUAAAAAUGGUGAAACCAAUAUUUACAGAAGUACCCUCUAACAAAAGCUAACAAUUCAUUACAUUUCAAACUAAAAGUGUAGUGCCAGAAGAAAAAUUAUUCAUACUUCCAGUAAUUUCAGAAGACAGUAUUUAUCAUCAGGUCAAAUACAUAUGUCAGAUACAUCUGGAAUUUUAAGUUUUCCUGUACACAAAAGUGUGAUUGCGAAGCUUAAUUAAGCCCACCUCAAAUAAUUUAAUAUGAUUGUGUGUUAGUUUACCUAAUCAAACUUCAAGAACGGAUUGAGUAAUGGAUGUUAGGUGAGCAUUUGAAGAGUGUCUUAAAGAGGUAGACAUCUAACUUUCCAUCUAACUUGCCCCUGAGAUUAUCAUAACAUAGCAUUUUUUUGUUGUUGUUCAUUUAGGCAUUCUAGUGAUCCUGUAAAGUUGUUUAUACAGUUUUUCUAUAUUGCUCGGCAGAUUUCACUGCACAGUGCCUUUCUAAUUUUGUAUGUUGAGACUAGUUGAAAUAGGAGCCAUCAUUUGUACAAUAUGUAAUUUUUCUAGAUGCUUUUAUAACAUUACGUUUCCUAUAUAUUAAUUAACUGUUUAAUAAACAAUUUUCUUAA